UACAAGACAAGAAAUGAAUACAACGAUACCUGGCUCAGCUCACCCUGCCUACCAUUUAACCUGCUUAUUGUAACCUGCCGGGCAGACGCCGCUAAACCUUGUGGUUUCCAUCUCCGGUUUGGAUCAAUAUGAGCAGUCUGUGUGUGUUUACAGUCAGUGCAGUGAGCUCACUAAGUGCGCAGAGGGUCUUAUCUUGGUAGCUAACGUUAGCUCCGCAGAGCUGCUGUGUGUGGCCCGUUCUGGCUGUAUCUACGGGACAGGUACUUUUCACUCAGCUAAGGCUCAGCACCAUGAAUCUGUUGCGUCUAGUGUGUCGUCACAAGACAGCCCUGGUCAUUGGCACUGUUUGCAGCUUUGCUGUAGUUCUUGUCUUCUUGGCCCGAUGUACCUCAGAAACCUUGAAACAGGCCCAUCCGGAUCCUCCAGGCUUAGCCCCCCAAGCCAAUGCCUUGCAAUCACGUCCAGAGCAGCAUAAUCUUCCUUCCACAUCUAAAGACUUGUCAGCAUUCUUGGUGGUCCUCAUCACAACGGGACCUAAGUACACAGAGAGGAGGAGUAUCAUCCGCAGCACCUGGCUUGCCAAGCGGGACUCAGAUGUUCUGGCCAUGUUUGUGGUAGGAACUCAGGGGCUUUCCAGUGAGGACCUUCAGAACCUUAACACAGAGCAAGGGCGGCACAAAGACCUGCUCUUACUGCCUGAGUUGCGAGAUUCUUAUGAGAACUUAACACUCAAACUGCUCCACAUGUACUCCUGGCUGGACCAGAAUGUGGAGUUCAAGUUCGUCCUCAAAGCAGAUGAUGACACAUUUGCUCGUUUGGACCUCCUUAAAGAGGAGCUGAAGGGGAAAGAGCCCAGCCGGUUGUACUGGGGCUUCUUCUCAGGGAGAGGCCGAGUGAAAACAGCCGGCAAGUGGAGGGAAAGCUCAUGGGAGCUCUGUGACUACUACCUGCCCUAUGCAUUGGGUGGGGGCUACAUCCUCUCAUCCGACCUGGUACGUUAUGUACAUCUGAAUGCAGGUUACUUCAAGACAUGGCAGAGUGAGGAUGUGUCACUGGGUGCCUGGCUGGCACCUGUGGAUGUUCGGCGGACGCAUGACCCACGCUUUGACACAGAGUAUAAAUCGCGUGGUUGCAACAACAAAUAUUUGGUUACACAUAAGCAGAGCUUGGAGGACAUGUUGGAAAAACACCAGACUCUGCAGCGUGACGGCAGGCUCUGCAAGGAGGAAGUCAAGCUGCGACUGUCCUAUGUGUAUGACUGGAGCGUGCCACCCUCACAGUGUUGCCAAAGGAAGGAUGGCAUUCCUUAAUUUUUGUCUUUUUUACAUGGUUGGAAUUGGCUUUUGAUUUGUAUUGUUUGAGUCUGGGAAAUUAAGGAAUAAUGUUUAUUGACCAAUUCUCCAUUGUUACAUGAUUUAAAGCAAUGUGACAGCUACUAGAAAUUAUUGUGAAAGCCUUAAUGUUGUUAGAAAACCUCAUUUAAAAAAAAAAAAAAAAAUGGCAGCU